AUGCGCCUCCUACAACGUUCGUCUGACUCCGUCGGCUUCAGCCUUGUUGAGCGAUUCAAGGAGGAAGUCCCGCCCUACGCAAUCCUAUCGCACACUUGGGGUUCGAACGAAGAUGAAGUCACAUUCUCUGAUCUGAGAGACGAGAAAGCUAAGGCUAUUCCUGGUUAUGACAAGCUCGUCUUCUGUUCUGAGCGCGCUAUUAGCGACAAGCUAGAGUUCUUUUGGGUGGACACAUGCUGCAUUGACAAGAGCAGUAGCGCUGAAUUGACCGAGGCCAUCAAUUCCAUGUUCAAAUGGUAUCAGCAGGCGGAGAAGUGCUAUGUCCUACUCUCAGACGUGGAGAUCGAUCAGUAG